AGUAAGCGACUCAGGCACCGGCUGUGAACAGGAGGAAUGUAUGGGAUGCCGGACACAGUAACGAGUGAGAGGAAAUACAUGUAAAAUAUUCAGUGGUGGAAGAUGGAGGAGCAUCACGUCAAUGGUCUUAGUGGGGCAAACAUAGAAAAUUAUAAUUAUACAGAGUCCGAUUUCAUGAUACAUGGAUUGACUUGGCAAGACAGACAGAAAUGUAGAGAAAAUGAAAGCACCCUUUCAAAGUUUGACAGAGCCCUGAGGAGCAAGUGGGUAGAGAAAAUGAAGCAGGGUUUUUUCCGUUAUCCCUUGUGGAGUUUAGAGACCAGGAUAUUACCUGGUAAAAUGAGUUAUGUAGCGCAACUUAACAUAAAGAGAGGCAUGGAACGGAGGAAGCCACAAGACAUACAGAGCAUUCAGGAGAAGUUUAAAGCCAGCCAAUUUAACUUCAAUAAGAUCAACCCAAAUGAGGUGUUGUUUCAAAUGGUCAGGACACGGGGGAGUGAACUCAUGAAGCAUGGUCAAGAAGUUAACAAUGUGUUGCAUGGAUCUUUGAGUCAAGAGUCUGUAAUCACACUGCAGCAGCCUUGUCCAGUAGAGUCUGCCUCUAGUAGUAAAGGUACCUUAGUUGUAAUUAAUGUCAGUCCUCUAGAAUUUGGACACGUCUUAUUUAUCCCUGAUCCGUCUCUCUGUCUGACACAAAUUCUCACCUGCGAUCUUAUGCUGUUUGGUCUAAAAGCAAUUCUCCUCAGUUCACAUCCUGGAUUUAGAGUUGGGUUCAACAGCCUUGGGGCCUUUGCCUCUGUGAACCAUUUACACUUGCAUGGGUUUUAUCUGGACCAUGAACUUUUGAUAGAGUCUUCAAGCAGCAAACCGCUGUGUCCCAAACUUAACCUACACCUGCUGACGAAUUUCCCAGCUCCUGGUUUUAUGUUUUAUACCAAUGAGAAGGACUUGGCAUCGGUGGCACAGAAUAUAUGCAAAGCUACAGAAUAUUUUGUUGGAAAAAAUAUUGCACAUAACAUGUUUGCAACCAGAGGGAGUGAACCUGGAAGUAUGACUUCUAAAAAAGGCAUACGGGUCUUCUUAUGGGCCAGAAGGUCGUGCUUUGGUGCCAAAGAGGAAUCUGCUUUUAAUGUGGCUUUGUGUGAACUUGCAGGUCACCUACCAAUGAAAAACCAUGACGAUUUUAUCAGUGCCACAGAAGAAUCUGUCAUUGGUAUUAUUAAGAAGUAUCUUUUCUCAGAUGAAGAAUUUGCUGAGAUAUCUUCUGGACUCUUAGCCCAUUUGACAAAAGACGCUUGAUAAUUUAUUACUAGUAAACACAUAUAGCUAUUUGAGGAAAACUGUUAAUAAAUACUAUAUGAGAUUGUAUGUGAAAGUCCAUGCUUGUCUCUUUCCAAAUGCACAAUCUGACCACUGAACAGCUUUAUAUGGAUUGAAGGGAUUUUGAUAAAAUGGGUGUAUUCUCUCAUUUAUUUGUUAUCGAAUAAUCCAAUAACAUUGAUGAAAUAAUCAGGGAUCCAAUGAGAUGUCUCUGCUCAACAGAUCUAACAGAAGCCCUAGCUGGAAAUCAUAUUUCAUGGCUGCAUUAAAGGAACACUCCAAUCACCAUAACCAGUGGUGUAUUUGGAAUUUGU